GUCUAAUUAUGUUAUAAUGUUUAAAUUUACAUAUUUAAACACAGAUUUUUCAUUUCAACAUCUCAAAUUUUAGAGAAAAAAACAAUCAAAAUCUGAUUUUCCCAUCUCGAUUGGCUUUUAAAGUAAUACAACGGGAAUUUCUUUUUAUUUAAAUCUUGACGUAUUCUUAAUGUCAUUUUCUCCUGAGAGUACACAGAGGGGUUCUCGAAUGUUCAAAUACAAAUGUCUUUUUCGAGGAGGAGGGAAUUGGUUAGUUAGUUGAACGUUAGUUUUAUAAUAACUAAAGAAUUUGACACCCCAUCAAAUAAAAAAAUAAAUAAACAAACAAAACUACAUCCACCUGACUGUAGCCGAGAGAUGGGGUUAAUAAAUGUGAAACCCUUUCCCUCAUUUGAAACAAAAGUCACCUAACAUGAGCGUAGUUAAAAGUGGGGGAGCUUAUGUUCGAUCGCUCUCCUAAAAAAAUCACUGCAAUCCAUAUAUAUAUAUAUAUAUAUAUAUAUAUAUAUAUAUAUAUACACAAACAUAACUACAUUUACAUGAAUGGUGAUGGGUGAUUUUGAGAUACGACCCUUUAUAAUAGAAGCAGAUUUUUUUUUAAUUUACACAGUUUCUUAUUUAACGGUCUAUUGCUAGAAAGCUUAUAUCAAUUAGUCUGUCUGGUAAGAAGUUUAUACACGUUAUUUCUUCCAAACUCAAUUUCGGAUCACACUUUAGUUUAGCACAAGUAUUUCUAUUACCUGAAAUAACUAGAUAUAAUUAUUUAACUAUUGGUAACUUUUUUUUAACGAACAAGAAUUGUAUUUCACUGAUGUUGUUGCAUACGUUAGUUUUCCCCUUUUAUACAUUGUAGAGAGAAAUGGGUUGCCGCUUUUAAGUUUGAAACUUUCAAUAAAUAACUAUAUAACCUUCUAUGUUUAUAUGCACUUGAGUUGUCGUGUUUGAAUUUUAUUCGUACCCCUUUUAUUAUAUUUUUAAAUGCAUUCAAAAAGCGAUCAAUGUAUCAUUUACAGCGAUAUCCCAUUCUUUCUCCCAUCUCCUUUCCUAACCUGUCCAGACAAAUGCUAUUUCGAAUUGAGAAAUCCAAAACAUAAAUUUGUGCUAAAGAUAAACAAUUAGUAAACAUACUUUCAAUCACACACAUAUAUUAUUUUAGACAAGAUCUAUUGCACAUUUUAUUACACGAUUAAUUCAAACCAUUAAAUACAAUUAUAUAUAAAAUAAGCUUUGUUUAAAAAAAAAGAUUUAAAAGUAUUUCCUUUUUUUUCUUUUUUCAAUAUCUUGCCCGCGAAUAAUGUUAAAAAUUAAAUCGGCCUGCAGGUCAAAUAUGAUUGUGCAUCAAUGUUCUAGCUUAUCAAAGUAGCUAUUUUUGAUUACUUUCUUGUAUGCUGUAAUGUAGAAGUCAAGGCUCUCAGUCUCUUCUUUUCUUCUUGUAAAGAAUUUAAAGUUUCCCUUUAAGACCUUCCGAGUUAUAAGGCAUAUGAUGUAAAGAUGAUGUGUUUCUGUGGCUCACGGUUAAUGAGUAUGUCAUGUCGCCAGCACAGCGACCAACUGCCUUACAUUUUUCCAAACAUUGUUAGGUACUCAUAAGAGCAGAGUCGACUCAGAGGUGCCCAAAGUUCACGAGAUAAAAAAAAUCCCAGUCUUUACCAGGAUUCGAACCCGGGUCCCUCAAACGCCCCUCCUUGUCUUCUUGUGCUAGAGAAAAUACUUUUGUAUGUUUAAACUUAAACUUUAUUUUAAAAUUCCCCUGGCCUUGUUUUUUAAAGUGAAAUUUUCAAAAACAUCUCUUCCAGUCACAGUCGCUUACUCAUUCUCCACUAAUAAACAUUACCACAGUUGAUUUGACCCAAUUAAAUUACAUUAAUUUUGGGUUUCAUAAGCUUAAAUUUUUUGUCCUAUAAAUAAGCAUGCAUUUUUCUAUAUUGUAUAAAAAUUGUAUACCAAAAGUCUGUCUGUCUGUGGCAUUUUACGUCUCGAGAGACGAUCUUUUCCCUUUACAACUUCUUGUGUGACUAAAGAGGCCAAUCCUUGAUACACAGUUGCGAUCGCAGGUUGGUCAUAUGUAAUCACCAGGUGCCGUUGCAUUUUCACCCUUCUUUCUGCUUCUGUUGUGUAUACCAAAAGUAACGUAAAGUAAAGCACCCCAUAUGACACCUUAUGUAAAGGGAUAUUUGUUUAUAAGUUACUAUAGAUAUAACAGAAGAUUAUAACAUAAUAAAAUCACAAGGAAGGGAUAUUACAUUCCAUCAACCCUUUGUAAAAUGGAUUUUUAAUAAUUAUUUUUUUCUAAUAAAACGCACUCUUUGUGCAGUAAUGGUAAUACAUAAAUUAGUUUUAGGUUACUUAAUAAGGCUGACCAAUCAAAGUCCUAUCUUGUGUUAAUAGCUUGCAAGCCAUACAGAACAAAAUGUCUGCAGUACAACCAAGAAUGUAUCCCAGCUAAAGAAAAUUGUAGCUCUAUUAAGGUUUCUUUCUAUCCCGCAUAUUAUGUAAACCUCAUUAACCACAUUGACAAUAAUCAGAAGUACCUAUACAUUGUAGAUUUAUUAUUGCAAAAAAUGCACAAUGCACUUAUUAUUAAGAUUGACCACAUUUAAUUUUAGAGGGCAGAUUGAAAAACAAACUCUAGACAAUAUAAAACAGACGCAAAUCAUGUUGUUUUUUUGCGCCAAUUCUUAGUAAUGAAAAAUGAUUUAAACCUUUAAUUUAAAAUAAAAUCAUACCUUGAAUUUAAACAAUAGAUUAAUUUAUUUGUGUCCAAUGGUCAGUUUAAUAAAGAUUAUUAUGUUAGAAACGAACGAGCACUGUCAGGGUCGAGUUUCAUUAAAGUUAAACAAAAUUCAUUGAAGUUUCUUUAUCAGUUUCCACUAAGGAAUUUUCUUGAAAUGUGGCAGGACUGUAGCAGUACCAUCCUCUGACAGGCAUUGCGAAUCAUAGUAACGAGAAUCUUAGGAAUGUUUAGGGCCUUAAAGGUAUCUGUGAGUUCUGUUGCCAUUAUCCUCUCGGUUAAUAUAAUAAGAGGUAUAUUGUUACUAUGGAUUACCUCCAUUAACGCUAAAACUCUUAAGUCUAGUUUCCCAUAUUUUCUUUGUUGUUUCAUUUCAGUUUUUCUUAAAUUAUGAGUCAGUUGUACGGCGAUGUCAAUAAUUUUAGCGUUGGUGUAUUAAUUUUACCACUUGGUUGUGGUGACCUAGGUAAGGAAGAACAUCCUGCCAUUAUGUGUUCAAUUGACUCACCCACAUUUCCAUCUUUUCGGCAUUUGUCAAUAAUAUUGAGUUUUAGGAUAUGUUUAUCGUUUUUUUUUGUCCUAAUUACGUAACAAAGCCUUCAGUUUCAGGGUAGAGAUGGAUGACCUGCCAUGUUAAGGAAUCAGCCUCGUCAAUGUUAUCACCAUCUAAUAAAGCCGUUGACGAAUCCCAUGCCCUGCAUCGUCCAAACCAACAUUAACACCAGCAUUAUUUAGGUUCAGAGGAGCUGCUUCGGGAGGUGUAUUUUCAUAAGAAGGACAUUAGUUCUUUGCUGGAGGCUGGAGGUUUAGAUGAUGUUCAUAAAACUAAAAAUACCCACAGGUUUCUGAGUUUCCUCUGACUACUAACUGAUGUUGUACAUUGACUACUGACUGGAUAAUGAGUUCACGAGCCUUAAGACAAGGUUUAGAAUAAUUCUUCUCAGCACUUGGCUGUGGUGAAUUUUCGGUUCACUAAUAUCAUACUACACACUUUUUCAAGUUCCAUUUCUUCCGUCGUGUACGAUGUCGAUGAUACAUGUUGCUAUUCAUUUCAUUGCAUACAUUCUCUUGUUUAAUACUAUUGAAAGAUAUUAUCUCUCAGGAAAUUGUACUUUUACUAAACAUAAGUUUUCAAGACGACUAUGAUCAAUAUUGUCCUGAAGUUUCUAAAGAUCCCCUGAACGCAUCUGUGUCUGGGUAUUUUAACAUAUCCAAUACCUCUACAGUUGGACUGGGAAUACAAAAUAUGAACAAUGACUCUUCCACAUGGUACAAUGUCUGUUUAUUCUUACCUCAAGAAUGUUUAGCGAAAUCAUUACGUAGUUGUACAUGCAAACAAACAGCUGAUCCUAAUAUCUUACACAUUAUUUGGAAUGCUACUGUAGAGAAAAAUGAAAGUGAAUUAUUUGUGCGGGGUGUAUUGAAGACCAACAAAGAUAGCUACAGCGAACCAUUAAAAAUAAGAUACUAUCAAGAGCCAAUCAAGAAUCCAGUAGAUUUAAAAGUUGACAACCAAACAAUACACGCUAACCAGUGUGAUAUUGUACUCAGUCAAGAUAUUCUACAAUUUCAGUACAAAGUCAAAUCAGCUGAACAAAAAGAAAUGGAGAUAAACAUAAAAAAAAUAAAAGAAUUAACAAAUCAUUAUUUCUUAAAUGAGGAAUUCUACGCAUGGAAAAUCUACGACAAUAAGUCCUAUGCACAAAUAGCUCUCUCUUUCAAAAUUUGUGAGAACACAUUUUUCAAUGUCACAUGUUCAAUCAGAAUAAAUAAAGAUCGAAUUGAGGAGACUCAGGAGGAGUUAUAUUACAUGUUACUUUUGCUAUUUUUAUUGAUACCGUGUUUGGUGAUCAUUUUAAAAAAAAAGAAAAGAGUGAAAACAAAUAAAGCAGAUGUAGAACAUCUACAAAAUGUAAUAGUUGACUUAAAAGAAACAAAUGUGAAUGGUGUGGCAACAGAGUGUGGGAAUGACUCUAAAGAAAAUACCAGUGAUAUUUCAACUCAAAAUUCUAAUCAGAAAGAAGAUAAAAAAGAACACCUACAAAAAAUGAAAGUUAACUUAAAAGAAACAAAUGUGAAUGGUGUGGCAACAGAGUGUGGGAAUGACUCCAAAGAAAAUACCAGAGAAAUGUCAACUCAAAAUUUUAAACAGAAAAAUGAUAAAAAAGAAUGUGAUACAGAUGAAAUUAAACCGUUGCUGAAUGAUACUAAUGGUAUUGCAAGUCCCAUUUCUACGGAUGGUUUCAAUGAAGAAAUAGAUGUGUUUGUUUCAAAUUUUCGAUCAACACAAAAAGAAAGUGAUACAGAUGAAAUUAAACCGUUGCUGAAUGAUACUAUUGGUAUUGCAAGUCCCAUUUCUACGGAUGGUUUCAAUGAAGAAAUAGAUGGCUCGAGGAUCGAAGACACACAAAUAUUUAGAUUGCUUUUGAUUGGCGGAGCCGGAAACGGUAAAAGUGCCACUGGAAAUACUAUUCUUGGUAAACAAGCAUUUCCUGAAACGUCAGAUUUAUGGAACAAUUCAACUUCUGAAAAAUUAUGUGCAGAUAAUGUCCAAGAUAUUGUAGUUGCAAUAGUUGAAUGCCGAAGUUUAAAUUCACUACCGAUUGAAAAAACAAACGACCCCUGCUCCCUGUUUUCUAUUUUUGAAGCAGCAAUAAAGUUAGUGCCUGAAGGAUUUGACGCUAUACUUGUAAUUCUUCGAUAUGAAAACAGAUUUACACAUAACGAUAUGGAAAAUAUAACAUCUUUAAAAAGCAUUUUAGGGAAAGAUUUUUUACGAAAGCAUAGCAUAAUCAUAUUUACUUGUGGUGACAAGUUUGUUACAAAUGAAAGUGUUGCCUUUGAAAACUGGGUUUUACAACAAGAGGGAGCAUUUCGAAAUCUACUAGAGGAAUGCGAGGAAAGAGUUAUUUUAUUUGAUAAUCGAACAAAAGAAGAAGAUAAAAUAACACUCAGAACGAAACUGUUGACAAUGGUCGAUACUCUGGAAAUUGUCAAUGGUAAAUACACAGUUAAAAAUAUGCUGUUUAGCAAAACGUUAACGUAAAAAUGUCUUGAAAAAGAUACUUACGGCUUUAAAACUUAUGUUAUCUUAUUUUUUUAAAAAAGUAAUGGAAAAGAGAGAAAUAUGAUGUAAAAUAUAGCAGGAUUAAGGCGCGUAAUUACUGUUCAAAAUAUAAUGGUAUAGUUUCGAUGGAUUUCUUUUUUUUUUCUUACACAUUUUACUAUUAUAAAGUCCCUUUAUUUAGAAUUAAGCAAAACUUAAAUAUAGAAAAAUAACAUUAAUAAAGUUAAACUUAUCAAAGCGAAACUACCCAAACCAGAAGCCAAUUUGCAUUUAAAAAAUUAAGGGCAUUUUCUUCCUUCAUUUUUGUAAAACUGGCAUUUCAUUUUGGUGUUUCAGUCUUCUAGCAAUCUUUAAAGCAUUUUUAAAUACAAAUGUAAAUUUUUACGAGCUUUCUCUUAUAGUGUUUUCAUUAUGCAUACCACAUAAAGAUAAUGAAAAGAAUAUUGGGGCAUUAUAGCGGACAAGUUGCUCACAUACUAGUCUAAACUGUCGUUGAUUGAUAUAGAGAAUUCCAUAUCAGAGCGUGUUUAUGUAUUACGUCUUAGUUUGUUGCGGCCCCCGUUGUUGGUUUUGUGUUGUCCUAAUUUGAUGAAAAAAAUGGAUUGAAAUAGAAAAUCAUAUAUUUCACCAUAAUUGUUGAUUGCGAAGUUUUGGUUGCAAGGGCUACUUUUUGUUUAAUAUUAAUAUUAACCACAAAAAAAUAAAUAACUAAAUGUAAGAAAGAUUAAUUCUAACAUUUUCAAAGAAAGAUAGUACUCUACACAUGUAUAUAUAAGGCAUAUAUAUAUAUAUAUAUAUAUAUAUAUAUAUAUAUAUAUAUAUAUAUAUAUAUAUAUAUAUUUAAAAACUUGCAUUGUUGUCAGUGUUCAAAGUGAGAUAUGGGUAAAUUGUAAAUAUUUUAUUAAAGAUUAUGGUUGAAUGAUGCUCAUGUUUUAAAUCUUAUUUUGAAUAUAUUCAUAUAUGUAGAAUUUGUUAUAUUUAAACAAGAAAAUAUAACAUUAUUUUUUCAGUUUUACAUUUAUGUUGAAACCCCACUACCUUAUAUCCAUAUAUUAUGGAUUAAUUAAAGUAUAUUUAUAGUUA